AUGAGUUUAAAUUUUAGUGAUGAUGAUAUAUAUGAAAAUAAGGGUGAUGAAAUACCAUAUGAGAAUAAUUUAAAUGAGGAUAUUGAAAACAAUGAAGUGAAUUUUAAUGGAGAUCCUUAUGGAGAUGAAUAUGCAGACGAGUUUGAAAGAAAUGCUAACAUUGAAGAAGAAGAACAAAAGGAAAAAAAAAAAAAAAAAACCAUAACUUUUCAAUUAAAAAACUUAUUUAAUGAAACCGCACUAAAACAGAUCAAUAGUGAUAUCAAUAAAAAAAGAAAGAAUGAAAAAAGAAAUAGUUAUAAUGAUGAUUAUUCUAAUAUGAUGGAUCAAGACGAGUUUGAAGAACAAUAUAGUGAUAAUGAUGAGUUAAAAAAAUAUGUACAAGAUGAAAAAAAUAAAAUUAAACAGCUUGUUGAUGAAAAAGAUGAAUUAUGGGAUAUGUAUAUUUAUUUGAAUUUAAAAAAAAAAAAAAGAAAAAUAGACUAUACUGAAGAGCGUUAUACUAGUGCUAUUAAAAAAGUUUUAGAUUCUUUUUGUAGUGAAUAUAAAAAUAUGGUUAUUGAAAAUCUAUUUAAAAAUAAAAUUUUUGAAAAAUAUUUAAUUGUAUCUGAUAUAGACAUAUUUUUUAAAAAUAAUAAUAUCGAAAAUGUGUAUAAAAAUACAACUACACCAGUAAUUAAUAAAAAAAAUAGUUUAUUGGAAAUAAAAAAAAGGCUAGUUGAUAUUUAUAAUAAGGGUAACUGUUUUAAUUAUUUAAAAGAAGUUAGUGUAGACAAUAGGACUCGAUUGAAUGGGGUUGCAGAAGAUGAAUAUGGAUUUGAAAAUGAUGAAUCAAUAAAUGAGGAUAAAAAUGAAUAUAUGUUUAAUGAUAAUAGUAAAAGAGGUGAGCUAGACACAAAUUUUAUAAUUGAACGUGAAAAAAUAAAUUUAAAAAUAAACAAGUUAGAACAUAAAUAUAUUAAAUUAAUUCAAACUGUUAAACAAUAUAAAAGAAAACAUCUAAGAACAAAUUUUAAUUUAUUUAUGAAUUUAAUUAAUGAAGUAACAUCAAAGUUAUAUUUUUCUAUACAUAAUGUUUUAUUAAUGAAUGAUGGAGAAAAUAAUUUAGCUGAUAUUUAUAAAACUAUUAGAAGAAAAUAUAAUAUACAUGAUGUUUUAAAUAAAGUACAAAAUUUAACACAAAAAAAAGAAGUAUAUGAGCAUUAUCGCUCAUAUCUUAUUUAUAAAUAUAAAUCAACUUAUCCUAUAUGUAAUAAUACCUUUAAAAAUCAUCAAAUGGAAGAGAAUAUUAAUAUUUUUAAUUUUAAAAAAACAUAUAAUACUAAAUUUACAAAUAAUUUCUCAUUACUACAAGAUGAAAAUGAUUUAGGGGAUGAACAUUUCAAUAAAGUAGAAAACUCAACGUCUGCAAAUAAAACAGAUAUUAAUGCAAAUAAUAACAUGAACACAAAUAAUAAGAAAGUCGAAGAAAAUAUAUUUGCUCAGGAUAUCUAUGAAGAAGACUUUUUCAAUAUCGAUACUCAAAAUAAAGAAAGUGAUAUUAAAACAGAUAGUUGGGAAGAUCGUGAAAAAAAUAAUGAAACACAUCCCAAUACAAACAGUUUUGCUUCUACUAAACAAGAUACACAAAAUAAGUUGAACACUCCAAACGAGCCAACAACAAUUGAAGAAACUCCUUUAGAACGUGCUAAAAGAAUAGCCAGGGAAAAAAAGAAAAAGUUGAUGGAAAGUCAAGCUAAAAUAUUGUAA